UAUUUGGUCAUACUUAAAAUCGCGUUACUGAUGUUCAGUAUUAGCAUCAUUUUAAAGCACUGAGGUUCAAUGAAAAGGAUGAAAUCAUUACUGGUAUUAUUAUUUAUUUCUGGUACGAUCUGUUUCGCUCAUGGAUGGACCGAGACUAUACCAGUUGACAUGGAUCCAGAUCAACCAAACGUAUGCGUUUAUGAACCAGCGGGAAAACUGAGGGUUGGAGAGACCAAACCAUUGCUUCCUACGCGCUGUGCUUGCGCAGCGUGUAGUCAUCAAUUGAUCACACUAGUCGGAUGCGAAGCAGUGGCAGCCGCACCACCAUGCGUCGUGCAACCUGAAGAUUUAACUAAACCAUACCCGCUGUGCUGCCCGUUGGUCAGUUGUCCCUAGAAGCAGAGUGAAAUAAGAAAAUGUUUUCGUUGGAAUUUUACAAGAUAAAACUGCAAUAUAAUUUUGUUGGAUAUUGAUGAACUUCAUGCAAGGAAUAAAACUUAAAAUCCGGGACCCACUACGUGGUUGUUAAAAAUCCGACCAUCAGGAUUCGGCAUUUAUUUUUAGUGUAAAAUCAGAAAAUUUUCGUUGUCUUGCAGCGCCCCUCAAGAAAUGACGAUGAAAUCUCACUCAUUUUGAGAAUAUGACUUUAAGUUACUGUUCUUGUUUGGACAUUAUAUGCCAUGCUUCUUCA